AAAGCUUCUAAAAUCUAACGGAGGAACCAAUAGAGAGAAGUGAACAGAGGGACCACCGAAAUUGCGCCGUUACGUCCGCCGUGGCUCUUUGCCGGAAAAGUGUUUUUUUGGUUUUGAAGUGGAGGUUGCAGCAGUAAGACAUUCAUCUGGCAUUUAUGUUGUUUCUUGUGGAUCUGAUAUGUGGUUGAAUAGGCCUGUGUGAAUCAGGGGUUGUGUUGUGAAAGAUGUAUCUUCGAAUGCUGACAAUUUGAAACAGAGCAGAUUACGGUUGCUAUAGGGCGGUGGAAUUGCAAUGGAUAGAAAUAGCUCUCCUCCAACUCCUCGCAGAUGGAGAAAAGUGGCAUAUGGAGGAAUGCAACCUGGUUUUGAUGACAACCACACGGAUGAAUCUUUUCUUGAACAUAUGGUUAUGAAUGCCAAUGUAGUUAAACGGGACAUGAUAAAGGUGAUGCAAGACUCGGUUUCCAUCUCACAAUAUCUAUGCAUUGUUGCUCUCGUUGUGUUGGUUUGGAUCUACACACUUAGAUCAACUCUUGAUGAAAAUUCCCUUUUGCUUCUUGAUGUAAGUCUCCUUGCAUCAGGUUUCUUGAUUCUACUUUUAACUGAAGAAAUGCUUUCUCUUAACCUGCUGUUCCAUUAUAUUCUCAAUAUCUCUUUUUUUAUGACCGGUCUUUAUGUUUUGGCUCCUAUCUACCAAACACUCACGAGGUCUAUAAGCUCAGACUCAAUCUGGGCUGUGACUAUCUCACUUCUCAUACUCCAUCUCUUCCUGCAUGACUAUUCAGGGUCUACUAUAAAAGCUCCGGGGGCACUACAGAAUCCAACUUUAACCAGUUGCAUCUCGUUAAAUGCUUCUGUCGUGGCAUCUGUUUUCAUUGCAUCCCGACUUCCAUCAAGGCUACAUGUCUUUGCUAUCAUGCUAUUCUCCUUGUUAGUCUUCCUUUUUGCUCCACUAGUCACAUACUGUGUAAAGAAAUACUCCUUCCGUUUACACCUUUUGUUCUCAUUUACCUUGAUGGUUGCGACAUUGGCUUUUGUUUAUAUGCUUCACCGGCUACUUUUCGUCUUGUUCUUAGGCCUGUUGGUUUUUGUGAAUGUGGUAUGCCCUUAUUGGCUUAUACAGAUUCAAGAAUACAAAUUUGAGAUUAAUGGUCCUUGGGACGAGGCUAAGCUAUGUUUUGAUAUUACAGACUGAGAAAUUGUAUGUUACUUUCUAUAUGUUAAAUGACAAUUUUUUAUACUAAUGAGAGUUCAU